AUGUACCUUUCUACCUAUCUAUCUAAAUAUCUAUCUAUCUAUCUAUAUCUGUCUACUUCUCCUUUUUCUCCCUCUCUCAUUCUAUCUCAAAGGAGGGUUCGCUUACUCGGUGCUAUGUCUACUACGUACUCCCGUACUCAGGAGAGCGACGCGUGGGCCCUUCUGGCACUGAAGUCGGCACCGGCCAGCCCGACGAAGAUGCAGUGGAACCCGGAAGCAAAAGGUGCACCGAUUGCACGGCUAGAGGGUCGCGAGUUUGAAUACAUGGUUAGACAGCGACGUAUCACUAUCGGACGUAAUAGCAGCAAGGGUGAGGUCGACGUCAACAUGGGCCACUCCAGCUUUAUCUCACGACGACACCUUGAAAUCUUCUAUGAUCAUCCUUUUUUCUUUAUGACUUGUAACGGUAAAAAUGGUGUUUUUGUUGAUGGAGUUUUUCAACGAAAGGGUGCGCCUGCCUUCCAAUUACCAAAGACGUGCACAUUUAGAUUUCCAAGUACAAAUAUAAGACUCGUAUUUCAAUCAUUAGUAGAUGAACAAGAACAAAGUAAUAUACCUGUAUCCUCUCCUCCAAAGCAUAGAGCACCAUUACCACCUUUACGUAUUAAUAUUCCGGAUACGGGUUAUAGUAGCCCAUUUCCCUCUCCUACUGGAACAAUCAGUGCUGCUAAUUCAUGUCCUGCUAGUCCACGAGCAGGACAGGGAAGGAGAAACAUAUCAGCAGAUCUUCAAAUGGUAGCUGUAUAUGCAGCUGCUGUUGCAAAUGAUCCACAAAAUUCUAAUAUGGAAAGACACGAUGGAGGACAAAGCUCUAAUAGACAAAUAAGUCCUGAACUAGGUGUUGAAUCACGAUACAGAAGUGGAAGUAGUAGUGGUCCAAAUGGUACAACAGCACAUUGUAGUCCACCAAAGGAUGAUUCUAAACCUCCAUAUUCAUAUGCACAACUAAUUGUUCAAGCAAUAGCAUCUGCUGCAGAUAAACAGCUCACAUUAUCUGGAAUUUAUUCUUACAUUACAAAAAAUUAUCCAUAUUAUAGAACUGCAGAUAAAGGAUGGCAAAAUUCAAUAAGGCAUAAUCUUUCAUUAAAUCGUUAUUUUAUUAAAGUACCAAGAAGUCAAGAAGAACCAGGAAAAGGAUCAUUUUGGCGAAUAGAUCCACAAUCAGAAGCAAAACUUAUUGAACAGGCAUUCAGACGAAGAAGACAACGUGGAGUUCCAUGUUUUCGAGCUCCCUUUGGACUUUCAUCUAGGAGUGCACCUGCUUCGCCAUCUCAUGUUGGAAUAAGUGGCCUAAUGACGCCGGAAUGUCUUAGCAGAGAAGCUUCACCAGGACCAGAAUCUUAUCCAGAUAGUACUGUAUCCUCUCCAGCUGGUCAAUUGACUAGUCAAUCCGCGCCAGGAUCACCUGGUCAUCCAUAUGCAUCUUCAAGUCAAUCAUCUCAUAAAGGUCGUCUAAUGCAACAAAUCACUGUUGUCACAAAUGGUGUUAGUGGUGAUACAACUAGAGAAGAUAGUUAUAUUUUUUCAGAUAAAUAUGUAUCUGGAAAUACCACAGAAGAACAUUCUCUAUCUCCGGCUGGACAAUAUAGUCCAGCUCCUGUUAUUGUACAGACAACAUAUAACUAUAGUGGAAGCUUUAUUGGUCCCGACGCAGGCGUCGGAGUUGCAAAACGUUCACAUGAAGAAUCGGAUAGUUCUCCAGGUUCACCGGCACCGCUCGCUAUUGUCGAAAGUCCUGAACCACCUGAACAUCAACAACCAUCAACAAAACGUCAACGUGUUCAUGAAAUGGACGACCAUUGAAUUAUCGUUGUCCUAAAUUAUCGUUACGUAGGAUAUUUUUUUGUUACAUCGCGCUACUCGCUCAUUGUCAAAUAUAUCUGCACGCGCGUGUACUUCACACUUAAUUGUGUGUGCGCCCGUAAAUACGUGCACGCUUAAUGUUCAGAAUUUCAAAUUAAUGCCCAUAUUCAUACCAUGUUUAAAUCUCUUCAUACAUUAUCAUCUUCGAUGCGCGCCAACAAAUAUAUAUAUUCAGUUCUGUACUGUUUUUUAUUUGACCACAUAGUGGUUACUUUAGUUUCUGUAUAUGAUGAAUACUCGAUACAGUUUAUUGUUUUAUGCAACAAAUGGAAUAUCCGUAAGAAAAGCGAGAGCAGACAAAGUUAUUCCCUCGUCUUACAUUCUAACAAUUUGUUUUAUCUUCUUAUUUGAAUUUUCGAAGUUGAAUGAACUAUUGCUGCAGUAAUAUAAUCAUUAUUAUUAUGAUCACGAAUAUAUAUAUAUAUAUAUAUAUAUAUAUAUAUAUAUAUAUAUAUAUAUAUAUAUGUAUAUAAAUAAUAAUAUAAUAAUGACACACACACACACACACACACACACACACACACACACACACACAUUUCGUUGAAUAAAUUUUUCACAUUUUUGUUUGAUGACAUAUGGGUACAAGAAGAUGACGGAAACUUAUACGUAUUUAUAAGAGGGAGUAAUAAAUAUUUGUAACAUUCUUGAAAGAAUAUGAUAAGAAGCAUUUUGAUGAAAUCAUAUCUUAAUAUAUUCGAAAACAUGUUGAAUCUCAAUAGAAGGAAAUAUUAUGUUAAAACAACUCACAUUGUUUGCCUUAGUACUUUAUAAAAAAAAUCACCUGUUCUAGAAUAUUGUCAAUAUUGGUAAAUGAACUGGUUUGAAAAAUUUGUUGAAAAUUAUAUAUUUUUCAUCAUGAAUAAGUUAAUAUGUGAACUAGAGAUGGGUCGAAAUCUGAUUUUUGAUUUGUGAAUUUACAUUCAAAACUUUGAAGUUUCGAAAUUCUUGAAAUCUAAGAAUGUUUAUUUUUUUCUUCUUUUUUUUUUAAGAAAUAUUUAUUUUCUCAAAAAUUAAAAUACAACUAAUUUAUAAAUUUUAACUUUUUCAAUUGAAAAUUGAAAUCGUGAUCAACUAUGAUAAUUUUUAACAUAGAUUUAUAAUUAACCAAUGGUAACGAUAAUUUAUUUUUUUGACAAAAAAUUAAUUUUUGGAAUUGAAUAGGUGAAAUCAUAUCAUAAAUCAAAUUAAAUUAUUAUUAUUAUUUAAAUAAAAAUAAAUUCAUAUUUUCACAAUAUUUUUGUAAUUAAAUUACUUUAUAUAUAAAUUACUUUUAUUAUAUAAAAUAAUUGUCUAAAUUCCGAGAAUUUCAAAUUAUAAAAAUAGCAAAAAAUUUCAAAAGAUAUCAAGCUUUAAAGUGUCCCAUCUCUAGCAUGAACUAAUGUUUUUCCUUGACUCAAUUUAACCAGAUAUAUAAUUAUAUACAUCUUUUUGAAUAUUUUCUCAAACAUUGUUUUUAUUGACGUUGUUCAGCUAUUAUUGGGAAAGAAGAAAUUGUUCUCUGGUCUUUUCCGAUUUUUGAACUCGUCGAUUGUUCACGUUGGAUUAAUCGAUCAUUAAAAUCGAUUAUGACACAAUUUGCAUUCAUUGAAAUGCUCGCAAGUCGUAGACACAAACUUUAGAUGUAGUUCUGCGUAUGAUUCUGCAAUGUUUCUAUUUAAAAAAAAAAAAGAAAAAGAAGGAAAAGGAAAGAUAAGCAAUAAUCUUAUGCUGAAUACGUCGAUCGAAAUUUCUUUCUGACGUGCCUGUUUAUCUAAGGAAGAUAUUAACGUACUAUAAUCAUACAGGAAGAGGUGAUAGUAUUUUUGUUGCCACUUGUAAAUAAACUCUUAAACGAA